AUGAAGAUCGCCGUAGAAGGAUGCUGUCAUGGAGAGCUUCCUGCCAUUUACAAGCAGAUUCAAGUCUUAGAGAGCCAGAGAAAUAUCAAGGUCGACCUCCUACUCGUGUGUGGUGACUUCCAAGCGCUGCGGAACCGUAGCGAUCUCGAAUGUAUGGCGGUUCCAGACAAGUUCAAGGCACUAGGCGACUUUCACAGGUACUAUACCGGUGAGUUGGAAGCACCUGUGCCAACGAUCGUGAUCGGCGGCAACCAUGAAGCCUCGAACUAUCUAUGGGAACUGUACCAUGGAGGCUGGCUCGCUCCGAACAUCUAUUUCCUUGGCCAUGCCGGCUGUAUACGAGUGAAUGGCAUCCGGAUCGCCGGCGUUUCAGGUAUCUUCAAGUCGGGCGACUUCACCAUGGGUCAUGCGGAGCGCCUACCGUACAAUCGCAGCACCAUGCGGAGCAUCUAUCACUGCCGCGAAUACGACAUUCGCCGCGUCUCUUUACUCACAUCUCCUCACAUCUUCCUUUCCCAUGACUGGCCGGCAGGAAUAGAGCAUCACGGCGACUUCAACCGUCUCAUGCGACGCAAGCCGUACUUCCGUGCGGACUCCCAGAAAGGAGAGCUAGGGUCACCGCCGCUCAUGGACGUACUACGCAACCUGAAACCUCAAUGGUGGUUCUCUGCUCAUCUGCACGUACGCUUCGAGGCAGAAGUGCUGCAUGGACCUGCGCCACCGGCUCCUGAACCAGCACCAGCGCCACCUCCCGUAGCGAAUCCGGACGAGAUUGCCAUUGAUGAUCUGGAUGAUGAAGAAGUGGACAAACCUACCAAAGCCGAUGAUAGCGCCGCGUCUGCACCCAAAGACGCACCUGCCGCUCCCGCAUCUUUCAAUCCUGAUGAGAUCGCGCUGGAUGAUGAGGAAGAAGAUGUCGCUCCACCACCAGCACCUCCGCCGCCACCUCCGAAGACAAGAUUCCUGGCACUUGACAAGUGCUUACCAAAGCGCGAAUUUCUCGAGGUCGUUGACAUACCAGCACCUGAGGGCGGGAGUACUGACGGCCUCGUAUUGACAUUUGAUCCGGAGUGGCUCGCCAUACAGCGUGCAAUGCAUCCACUCCUAUCAACCACGACCUCCCAACCUCCGUUCCCUGGACCUGAAGAGGCGUGGAAUCGUGUCAACGAGGAGUUCGCUUGGGUACAGGCGAACGUACCGAAGUUGUUCAAGGAUCCGAAGCAGUGGCGGAUUGAGGAGAUUCAGCGGUUUGAGCCUAGUGCUCCUGGUGGCGACGUCACAACAGGCCCGAGGGGCCAGCAACCACCAUUUUAUUUGAACAAGCAGACUGUCGCCUUCACGGAGAUGCUGCAGGUUGCCAACAAGAUCAUUCGAUGA